UUCUAAGCCUGGUGCCAUGUUUGUUGUGAUGUUUGGUUAGAGAGAGAGGAGGCGGGGGUCCACCAGCAGAGGAGGAGCAGGUUUUAGAUUACAGGCCGCCUCUUCUCCGGCACCCAGACGCAGACGCCGCAUUCAGCAAAGGAAACGGAAAAGACGAAACACAGAAGAAGGUUUUCAUUUCAAAACCCCGGGGCAGUGGAAAGAACAGCGAGUUCCUGCAUCUUACUAAACUUAUCCACGUUUGGCUGCGCUGUUGGCGCACAAACCGGAACUUUUCCUCCACUUUGCGCACAUCUCGACCCAGCUGUGCGCAGCUGGCACGACGCACCCGCCCUGUUCGGGAGAGAGAGAGGAAAAAACAGUGACCGGGAGGAGAGAGAGAGAUGUCACCCCAACCCCCUCAGCCGCAGGUGAGGGCGAAUAUCCUGAAGUUCCUCAAGAGUUGUUUGGGAAUCCUCCGGAUUCUGCAGAUUGUGUUCGGAGCCGGCUGGGUCACCAUCGCCGCCAACAAAUACGAGGGCUCCAUCCACUUCGUCCUGUUCGUGGCUGUCCUAUUCUGGCUCCUCACCCUCGCUCUUUUCUUCCUCACCCUGUUGGACAAACAGGACCUGGUUCCGUUGCUGGGUGGGGAGCGAUGGCUGGCCACCAAUUUGGCGCACGACGUGGCCGCGGCCGCGCUCUACGUGCUGGCCGUUGGAGUGAUGAUCUACAAGACGGAAAACAACUCCUUCUGCAACCUGGAGCUGUACACGCACCUCUGCCUGUACAAAGUCUACCUGACGGCCACCGUGUUCGCCUGCCUGUGCUGCCUGGUUUACAUCCUGUCCGUCAUUUACGGAGGCUGCAGAAAGUGCCGCGGCGAGCGGACCGUCAUCUGAUGCACCAGAGCCUCGCCCGUGACAUCACGUAUGGGCUCCUCCACCGCAAGAUGAGGAAUAGUUCACUUCACUGUAAUUUCACUCAGCAGCCACACAGGUUUUGCCUCACAGUCUAUGAAAGUUAGCCAAUUGUAUUUUUCUUUUUAGUGAUCUAUUGUUACAGAGGCUUUUGGGAGACAAAUGCGUUUGGAUGACAUGCCUCCAAGUUGUAGUUAAUAGAAACAGAACGCCUGUUACAUUUAUUAUUCACAUAUUCUUUAGUAAUUUAAUGGCAUCGCAGUCAAAUAAUUGGUGUAUUGUUCUUACAGGGACUUGCAGUAGGGGAGACCGGGGUGAAUUGUAAAGCAGCACGCCUGCACUUGAGUUGUUGUGUCACUGCUCUCAGUUGACAGUAAAAGAUAGAAGCAAGAGAAGGCUGACUCCCUGUAUUGUGCAAGUGCGCCACCAUGCAGAAUUUUCCACCAUCAUGCAGUGCAGGUGAAGCAUGGAAACUAAUGCAGACCAGUCACCUGGGAAAAAGAAGUACAUCACCUUAUUUAUCUAAAUCAGACAAAUUAAUUAUUAGUACUUAGUACAAAUGCAUUUGACAAAAUAGUAUAUUUCUUAUAUUUAACUUUGUAAGACAUGUUGAUAAUGUAGGGACAGAAUGUCCAUGCACAACUUUGAGCUAGUGUCACUAACUGGCUGUGUGCUUUUUUUUUUUUUUUUUUUUUUUUUGUAAAUUUGUGCAACAGUCUUGCAUAUUUUAUCAGAAAGUACUCAAGUGAGUUUAUUUAUAACCAGUUCUAUGGAAAACUUUGCAAAUACAUUGGGGGAAAAGGAUUAAAUAAUGUUUCUACUACAUUUUUUUUUUACCUUUGCAUUCCAACCUAUAUGUCUCAUGGUUUGUACUAACAGUUUGUCUUAAUGUUCUCAAAAAACAAAGAAAAAAGUUUAAACACUCAUUUAUGUACAGAUACAUUUGCAAAAUGCUAGCGUUGCCAGUUCAAGCAUCAUGUGUCAAUUGUUUUUAGAGUAAAAUUGUUGUAUACAUCCAUAUGUUUUACUGGGGGGGGACUUUUUCAAAGUGUCAUAACUUACCCAUAACCCUUUUGGCUGAAAAAACUUUAGCCAUCGUGGACUGAUAGCUUGAAAUUAUCUUACAUGAAGUGUAUCUAAUUUAACCAAGAGACUGUUAUUUAAUGUCAUUUUAAGUCUGGAACAACCCGUGCUAAUCAAAUCAUGUUUUUGUACCUCAAUGAAGUUUUUAAUUUGUUUGUUUUAGCAGAUAAUACAUAUAUUUUGUUGUCAUGCUGUUCCAAUAUUACCAGUGUUAUAACUGUCCCCAGCCUCCCCUACUCUGUGAUGAGUUCAUAUCAGCUUCCCUGUACGUUUUUGUACAGUCAUUUUGUCACUUGGCUACUGUUCCUCUAAAAUCUCCACUUGUGUUACUAUAGAUAUUUUUCAAAAACAUUUCUUUAUAUUUUUAAGUGUUUACAUGUAUGACAGCAUUUUUGGUUUGUUUUUCCUGUCUUUGCAAAUUGUUUAUUUUUCUGGUUCCACAGUGCCUUCUGCUGUAUACUCAACCAGGUCAUG